AUGCCCAAGUACGUCCUGACCGGUGUCGGUGGGAACAUCGGUAGCGUUGCAGCAUCAUAUGCACUGGAAAUUGCCCCCCCAGACAGUACUUUGGUGUUCACUAUUUCGAAUCUUAAAAAGCUCCCCGGCCAUACCAUUGAAUCAUGGGAAGCCAAAGGAGUUCAGGUAGCCGAAGCCAGUUACGACGACGUGAACAGCCUCGAGCAAGUUUUUGCUGGCGCAGAUGCGGUGAAUCUAAUAUCGACCUGGGCCUUUGGACGUCGACAUGAGCAAGCCCGGAAUGUGAUAAACGCUGCCAAAUCAUGCGGCGUGCGGCGAAUCUGCUAUACUUCCUUUGUGGGCGCCGACGACCCCGCUCCUGUGGAUGACUUACCCUUCCUUUCUCGAGACCAUAAACAAACUGAGGCUCUCAUCAUUGCUUCUGGGCUGGAUUACAACAUCCAGCGUGAUUAUCUCUACAUAGACAAUAUUCCCAACUAUUUCGCUCCCUCCUGGAACUUCUGCGGAGACCAGUUGCUUUGCAACCCACACGAUGCCCAAGAAUCUAGUGUCACUCCUGAGGCCCGGUGGCUUUUCAACUCACACGGUGGCCAUGGUGCCUAUGUUUCUCGUGAAUAUUGUGGUAGAGUACUUGCUGCUCUCCUCUUGGGCCGUGGUGAGCCUAACACUGUGUAUAAUGUGACGGGCCCCCAGGCUGUGACAGACAAGGAGGUAUUCGACUGGAUCUGCAUCAGCUUCGGGGUGAAGGGACAGCUUGUCGAUAUGCCGGACGGUGAAUUAAGGGAAUGGUGGGUUAGGCGUGGACUUCCAGUUUCCGUUACAGAGCCAUCGUCGCUUCCCAUAAAACUCUGUGUGGAUGAUCUUUUGUGCUGUGGUGAGAUGGUCGCGCGCGGCUAUAUGGCCACGACUAGCAACGCUGUUGAACUACUCACAGGACGGAAGCCCGUUUCGUUCCGAGAGGCUUUGUUGAAAUAUAAGCAUGUAUUUUCCAAGGUGCAAUAG